AUGAACCCGAGUCCGCCCGCCAACCCUCCUUCAGCUGGGUUUCCAAAUGUCCCAAUCCGCUUCGCUUACGAUCCUACCUCCGAACCCGCGUCUACUCCGUCAAGCACGGCCAACUCCGCCGGUAAAAAGGGACCCCGUCGCCAGAUCACGCGGAACCGCACCAGUUAUAGCUGCCAUACAUGCCGGAAGCGAAAAGUGAGAUGCGAUAAGGUGCAUCCAAUCUGUGGGAACUGUGUGAAAAAUAAGACCGAGUGCAUAUACGACCCGUCAUCGCAGCAGCAGGAUGGCGGCCGCGACAAGGACGGAGGACAUGGCGUGAAGCGGAGAAGGGAGAGUUCGAGGCAUCUUGGGGAUGAUAUUGAGGACCUGCAAUCGAUUUACGGACGCCUUAGACAGGCUGGUCCAUCUGAGCAGAAAUCUAUCGAAUCGCGGCUGGAUAAACUCACAUCGAUGAUAGAGAGGCUUAGCAAGACGUCGCACCCUCUGGACCCCGCUGAACAACAGCUUUUGGCGCAACAGAAUACAGCCCAGAGCCCAGGCCAGGCCAUUUCCAAAGCAGAGACGGACUCUUCCAAUGGCUAUUCCACGCCGGAUAGCCCCCGUCGUACAGCUGAAUCGAGUAGCGAUGAGUUCCCUAUACCAGCUGGUCAUGCUACGGACUUGGUAGACCCGGUGGGGUCUCUGAAUUUGGGACAUCUCAGCUUGGAAGAUGGGAGAUCACGUUAUGUCGGCACGACUUUUUGGGCUUAUAUUUCUCACGAGAUCAAUGAGCUCAACCAAUUUCUUCGGGACCAAACUCACUCACAUGAGACUUCUGGCACAAAUGACAGCUACGUUGAGGAAACUGCAGAAAAUGCGCCGUCUCGCCAUUGGUUACCUGUUGACGAUUCUAGCGUUACUGCUGGUGAGAGACCAUCGACGAGAGAUGCUUUCCAGAGAUCUAUAUUGUUUCCAUCCAAUGGUUCGCCAUCUGUGAAGGACAAAGUUGUUGAACCAGAUAUGCUCGACUACAUUCCUACGAAACGACAGAGUCACAUUCUAUACAAAGGUUUCAUGUCCGGAAUUCAAGCUAUCAGUCCCUUGGCUCAUCCACCAACUGUUUUAAGCCAUUACAAUGCCUUCUGGGAUUGGUAUGAUUCCAGCAGCUAUUCUGGCGAAUCAUGCCCAGAUCCAUCAUUUAUCCCCUUACUGUACGCCAUUUGGUAUGGUGGAACAGUCACAAUAUCACUCAGGGCAAUUAAGGCCGAGUUCAAUGGCGCCUCACGCUCCGCCCUUUCGAAAGCAUACAACGACCAGGUUACGCGCUGGUUGAAUAAAACUUCGUUCUUGCGUAGUCCUUCGUUACAAGGUCUAGCCGCGUAUCUCCUCGUGCAAACUAUACUUGCGAAAGAGGAGGAACCGCUGACGAGUAGCUUGUUUGUCAGCCUCGCAAUGCGAGUUGCUCAAACGAUGGGCCUUCAUCGCGACCCCGCAAAUUUUGGAAUUGGCGCUUCCCAGGCAGAAUGCCGUCGACGAAUGUGGUGGCAUAUUGUCCAUAUGGAUGGUGUCGUCUCGAUGUCCAGCGGGCUCCCUCCUUUGGUGAAUGAUGAGGACUUUUGGGAUGUACGGGAGACUAGUGAAGUUAAAGACACACUUCUAGGGACACCUGAAGCUGAACAUUACGAAAGGAUGGUUCAAGCUGGUUUGCGGCCUCGGGAUAAUCCUGAUGACCCCACAGUCUGUGGUGGUCCAUCUACGGUGAAUGUAUACUACCUGUGUGCUAGAGGCAAAUAUGUGAUGGCUCGCGCCGUUCGUCGAAUAAUGAGGAUCCAACUUGGAACUAAACCGCUAACACGGCGACACAUGGAAGAACUGAGAUCCAUACUUGUCGAUCUCCAAGUGCAACUUAACUCAAUCGUCGAGCGAAUUCCAGAGGCUGCACAGAUUGAUAUUUCUUCGAACACUUCCAAUAGGUCCUGGUCCUUCUCACGCUCGCCAACCGAAGCUUUGAGCGUUGAUUUAACGCUCCCGGGAGAUGCAGCACCUACCUGCGUAGAGCAAUAUCAUACGCCCGUUUUAGCAUCUUUCCACAAAUGGGCACGGAUAAUUCUUAGGCUAUAUGCUGACAAGGCGUUUUGCGUUGCAUAUCAACCUUUCCUCAAGAACGCGAGAAGUCGGAUCUGGCCAGCUGCAAGACAGAGUGCACUUCGCCACUGCCACGGGUUUAUGGAGAAGUUUAUCUCCCUUGCUACUGACCCCGAUUUUCAGCCUUUUCACUGGAGUUGGCCUGGGAACCACCAGCCAAUGCAUGCAACCAUGAUCAUGCUUAUCGAUCUAUAUGAGCGACCUUACAGUCCAGAAGCUCCCAAAUCCCGGGCAUUUAUAGAUAAAAUAUUUUCUCUUACUGGUCCAGACGGAGGUGUCGUCGGCGGCGAGGAUGGCAUCUCAACCCAACGACCGUUGAAAGAUGGCGGUCGUGAGGCGUGGGAUAUGAUUCGCCGACUACGUCAACAAGCAUGGCAAAAGGCCGGACUUGAUCCGCAGAAGCUAUGGACUGAGCAGGCUCAGAUUCAAGCCGGUGUAGCCGUGCCUGAUGAAUGCAUCGCCACCAACCCCUACUACUCCGGUUCCUCGGCGUAUCUACAACCGAUACAAACUCGCGAGCAACUCCUGGAUUUCUCAAAGAUGUUCUAUAACAUGACACGCUCCCAGGCACUUCCGAGUAUUGCUGCUACUCUUGGUGAUGCUGGCACCAUUCCACGGCCGAAUCCCUUACGCUACAAAAUGCCCUCAAAUGCGGCUCCAGCUAGAACAUUACCGCACCCUCAAACCCUGCACUCUUCUCCAACAAUCCCGCAGUCUCCUACAGAUAACACUUCUGCCACCAAUAAUACAGUAACCUCGUCGACCAUCCCCUCAAAUCCCACUAUGACAUCUCUAAACCACCCUGCCGCCCUUAACCCUCCUAUUAUACCAUUUCACCAGUCACCUUCCAUGCCUGCGCCGCAACCAGCACCAGAAUCAACACAAACACAGGCGCCUCUUUCAUUCCUAGAUGCACUAUCUCCAUCCGCACACCCUCUCACACUAAACGUCCCGACCCCGCCAUCAAUGGUAGAUCCCAACCUCAAUUUCGACUGGGAUCAGUGGGACGCCGUGUUUGGUCAGCAUCUCCCUGUCUCAGACGAGCUAAUGGAACUCGAUCCAGUUACAGGAUUUGAGUUUGGCGAUCUCAGCGCGGCCGAACGGGCAAGUCGAGCAGAGAGCUUGAAUGUGGGUGAUUCUGAGACGAGGAUGACCGGCCUUGAUACUGCCAUGCGGGGCCCUGAAUGGAAUGGCUAUUGCUGA